AUGCAGGGGAGCCAGCUCAUUGCCCUUCUCAUUGGCAUCCUGCUACUCAUUGUUACAAUUGGAUGGUUGGUCUUCUGCUGGUACCGCCGACAUGUCAGUAUGGGAGUCAUGGCUAGCCAAGCCCGAGCGAGGGUCAUGGGCAACCGACGGCAUGCCAACUAUGAUUUGGAGAGAGGUGACCAUCAAGGUGACUACAUUCCUCGUCCCAAAUACAGAUCAGAUGCCUGGCAACGACCGAGUACGAGACCCAUCCCCCGGGACCCCAUGGAGCCAGACUACGUGAUCCUUCGCCGUACCAACGAGGAAGAUGCCCAUUUCCGGACUCGUGGGUUCAGAAGAGAGUAUCUGUCCCCAGAUCGGCGACAUCCAGGUUCCCGCGCCGAAAGCGAGCAGCGGCAAGCGCAUCGGCGGGAUCAAAGACAUCAACAGCAACAGCAACCACAGCAGCAGCAGCAGCAGCAGCAGCAAAACCAGGGAAAGAAACAGAAGCACAAGAAGGGCAACCAAAAUAACCAGAACAACAACAACCAGAAUGGCCAGAAAAACAAGGGGAAGGGGAGCAAGCAAGGAAACAAGAACAACCAAGGGAACCAAGCGAAUAACCCGUCCAAAGGGAAAAAGAACAAAAAGGGGAACAACAAUGACAACAAUGGAGAGGCCCAUCAGCAGCCCCAAGAGGAUCAGCAGGACAACAACAGCUGGGGGAACGACAACCCGAGGCAAGAUCAGCAGGAGGGCAACUGUGGUCAGCAAGACAGCCAAAACAACCAAGAUGGCAAUAGUUUCUCCUGGGAUGACUACGACGCCCAACACAACCAUCAAAGCAAUGGCAGCCAGCACAACGGAAGCCAUCGCGGGGACGACGAAUGGACAAACCCCAAGGAAAGUGCAAAUUGCAGCUCCAACAAGGGUAGCCAAGGUGGUAGCAAUGGGACAGGCCAUAAAAGUGGUCGAGGAAGUCACCGCGAAGGUGGCUCACAGGACAACAACCAGAACACGACAGCCUUCGACGCCGGUUGGUGA